CCUUUCCCGCCUGAGAAGCGCAAUUUGUGGCCUCCGCUGCUCUCUCCACACGUGCGCCAGCUCCUUCUCCACUGUAAAAUUCGAAAUUUAUUUCCUCCCUUUUUUUGGGCAAUACUUUUAUCUCUUGAUUUCUCCCGUUAAUGGUGGUCAGAGCAGCUCUUCAGCGCUAAAUCCGUUCUAUCUUCCUUUGGUCUCUGCGUUUAUUUCAUAUUUUUGGCAAUAAUUUCCUCCCUUUUGAUUGUUAAUGGAGUUUUGAGGGGAUUGUGGGGCGAAAUCCAGUGGCGUUUGCCCUAAUUCUUGGUUUCUAGGGCUUCUUGCACAUUUUUCCUUUAGUAGAAGUUGAUUUCUCUCUUUUCCUGUUGAUGGAGGCUUCAGCAUUGUAUAGGCGUUGAAGUAUGUCGCAUUUUGCUCUGUUUCUUCCUUUCUAGGGUUUUGAUUGUAUUCAUUUCAUUUGGGGAAAUAUUUCCUCUAAAUGAAGGUUUGAGGGGUAUUCUAGGGCUAAAUCUGAAGGGAUCGGCUUAUUUUGUGAGAAUUAGGUAUUUGAAAAUGCUUUCUAUUGAAACCCUAGAUUCCGUGUUGGCUUUUGCGGGCAAGGCCUGUUGCAGUGGAAUUGCCAUCUUCAUUCAGAUCCAGGGAUGCCUGAUCUGUCUAGUCCUUGCACUGGGUUGGGUGUUUGCUGCGUAUGUCAGGAAUCGAGAAAUCCGACGGAUAAAAAAUGCAAUCAAAGGUGGUAACCAUUUUGCAUUUCUCACCACAGAUAUCUCUAACCUUGAGCAUAGUGCUCAAGUCAACUUGCCAAAGGUGUCUGUUGUUAUGCCUUUGAAGGGGUUUGGAGAACAUAACUUGCGGAAUUGGAGAAGUCAGAUUACUUCUCUCUAUGGUGGACCUUUGGAGUUUCUUUUUGUAGUUGAAAGCAGGGAUGAUCCAGCUUACCAUGCUGCAUCCCAAUUGAUUUUGGACUUCAAGGGCACUGUUGAUGCCAAAGUCAUUGUUGCUGGAUUGUCAACAACCUGCAGUCAAAAAAUUCACAAUCAGUUGGCCGGUGUGGAGAUGAUGCACAAGGAUAGUAAAUAUGUCCUCUUCCUAGAUGAUGAUGUCAGACUCCAUCCUGGAUCUAUUGUUGCCCUUACUGCUGAGAUGGAGAAGAAUCCUAAGAUAUUUAUUCAAACCGGAUAUCCUCUUGAUUUGCCUUCUGGGAGUUUAGGGAGCUACUGUAUUUAUGAAUACCACAUGCCUUGUUCAAUGGGAUUUGCUACUGGUGGGAAGACGUUUUUCUUGUGGGGUGGUUGUAUGAUGAUGCAUGCCGAUGAUUUCAGAAAUGACCGAUAUGGAAUGGUUUCUGGACUUAGAUAUGGUGGAUAUUCUGAUGAUAUGACACUUGCUGCUGUUGCAGGUGCAAAUAAGAGGCUUAUAACUUCUCCCCCUGUUGCUGUUUUCCCUCACCCUCUGGCAACCAAUCUCAGCUUUUUAAAGUAUUGGAACUACUUAAGGAAACAGACAUUUGUCCUCGAGUCCUACAUAUCUAAGGUUAACUGGUGGAUGAAUCGUGCUUUGUUCUCUUCUCACUGCUAUUUGUCCUGGGGAUUUGUUGCACCAUAUGUCAUGGCAUUGGUUCACAUCGCAGUUGCACUCAGAGCAAGAUUUGGGGACUAUCCAGACCAACAGACAUGUGACCAUGGUUUGCGGUUUGUAGGCUUCUUGGCUACAUGCACAAUCAUGGAACUCAUUUCCAUGUGGAAUCUGACAAAGGUAGAGAUCGAAUUAUGCAAUCUGUUAUCACCAGAGGAGCCACCAGUUUUGCUGGAUUCAUACAACUGGGGUCUUGUGUUUAUUGCAAUGCUCGUUGACAAUUUCCUGUAUCCUAUCUCGGCCAUACGCUCGCUCUUCACACAACAUAUCAAUUGGUCAGGUGUUAGAUAUCACCUUCGAGAUGGAAAGAUCCACAAGAUUGAAAGGCAUAGCGGAACAAGGGGCACAGAUACAGGGGCUAGACACCAUCAACAUGGUAGGAGGAGUUUCCUUUCCAAAGGCUCUUUCCUGGGCUUGUUGAAGAGAACUUUUGCUCAGUGGCAUCAACCCAAAAAGUUUGAUGGGUAGCUCAGAAACUUCCCAUGCUGGCUUGCAUGCGACAUUCUUAAAAGCUUUAAAGAGAUGUGAUUAAAACAAGGCUCUCCCAUGAUUGGUAUUCGAAGCAUUCUUGUUGAUACCAACUUUUCUAUCCUCUCCUAUGGUGUGGCAACAAUAUGUUUUGGACAUAGAGCAAGAGAAGAGGCUGUUGCCAUUGUACACUGGUAAUUUGAACAUCCAUUCUUUUCAGACUUUGGUUCCAUUCCUCUUCUCUCCCUCUCCAUCGCUGCAUUUUUUUCCCUUCAUUUAUUUGGGGCUACAUUGGUUGUAACAUGAUUGAGUUUCUAUAGCCUUGUAGUGUUGAAUUAUUAUUUUUUUUGUUGAUCAGUCAUGAUUGAGUUUGAACAGGCUGAGAGUGUUGAAUUUGUGGUUUCAUUUUGCUUGUAACAAUAUUGACAUUCAUUGGAAACAAGAAGAGAAUCUUUGAUGAUGUUUCA